AUGAUACAGAACAUCUUGGUACAGAGUCAGUAUGACUGGGGAGUGACGUACACUUCUACUGAGAUCUGUGCCUUCAAAGGAUCAACUGUGGAAAUAUACUGCGCCAUUAAAUACCCGUCCACAAUCAGUUACCGUUAUAUUACUGCUGGGGAAACAUUCUGGUUUAAAGGUGAUGAUACUGUGGAUCUGAAAACAAAGUCAGAGUAUUCAGGUCGUGUGGAGUAUAACUGUGAUAUGAACUACUGCACUCUGAGAAUCACAGACCUGAGAGAGAGCGACUCAGCUGAGUACAAGUUCAGGUUCAUAACAAACCAACCAGGUGGGAAAUAUACUGGUUCACCUGGAGUCACUCUGUCUGUCACAGAUCUCCAGGUGCAGGUGAGCAGAUUUCAGGGGUCUUCUAACUGGGCAGAGCUGAAGUGUCACAGCAGUUGUCUUUCACCUGGUCAUCAUUACUACGUCUGGUACAAGAAUGGACAGAACAUUUGGGGACAAACAUCUAAUUCUUAUUCAGCCUACUUUGAUCCUGCAGACAGUUUUUCCUGUGCUGUAGGAGGAUAUGAGGAGUUCCGCUCUCCUUCAGUGUAUGCUCCAAAGCUUCCCUCUGUGUCAGUGAGUCCCUCUGCUGAGAUAGUGGAGGGCAGUUCAGUGACUCUGACCUGCAGCAGUGAUGCUAACCCAGCAGCUAAAUACACCUGGUACAAGGAGAAUGAAGACUCACACCAUGAAGACCUCAGUAAAGAAUCACAGCUUGUCUUCAGCUCCAUCCAGACCUCUGACUCUGGAGAGUAUUACUGUGCAGCUGAGAACCAGCUGGGGAGGAGGACAUCUGAAUACAUCUUUAUUAAUGUGAAAUAUGCUCCAAAGCUUCCCUCUGUGUCAGUGAGUCCCUCUGCUGAGAUAGUGGAGGGCAGUUCAGUGACUCUGACCUGCAGCAGUGAUGCUAACCCAGCAGCUAAAUACACCUGGUACAAGGAGAACCAAACUCUGCAUCAAGGACCAGAAGGAAGUUAUUAUUUCACCUCCAUCAGCUCCGAGGACAGAGGAAUCUACUUCUGCAAGUCUGAAAACAAAUAUGGGCAGAUAAACUCUACAUCUCUAUCUAUAGAUGUUCAGUAUGCUCCAAAGCUUCCCUCUGUGUCAGUGAGUCCCUCUGCUGAGAUAGUGGAGGGCAGUUCAGUGACUCUGACCUGCAGCAGUGAUGCUAACCCAGCAGCUAAAUACACCUGGUACAAGGAGAAUGGAAAUCAAAACCAUCAUCCUCUCGGUAAAGAACCACAGCUUGUCUUCAGGUCCAUCCAGUCCUCUGACUCUGGAAAGUAUUACUGUGCAGCUGUGAAUGAUCUGGGGAGGACAUCUGGAUUUGUCUCUAUUAACGUGAAAUAUGCUCCAAAGCUUCCCUCUGUGUCAGUGAGUCCCUCUGCUGAGAUAGUGGAGGGCAGUUCAGUGACUCUGACCUGCAGCAGUGAUGCUAACCCAGCAGCUAAUUAUACCUGGUACAAGGAGAAUGAAGACUCACCAAAAGCAUCAGGACAGAACUUCACCAUCACUGACUUCAGAGCUGAACACAGUGGGAAUUAUUACUGUGAAGCCCAGAACAGAAGAGGACGUCAUAACUCCACCUUACAUCUGAUUGUUGUGGCAGGAGCAGGGAAAUUAACAGUUGCUACAACAAUCACUGUUGUUCUCCUGGUUAUCAUUUCCCUCUGUCUCUUCCUGUGGAUCAGGAAAAAGAGGGCUUCCAAGGAAUCGUCUGAGCCUGAAGAGAGACCAGACAACAGGGAACAGUUUCUACCUGAACAGCCAGAGGAGCAGGAUAACCUUCAGUAUGCCAGCAUUCACUUCACCAACAACCAGGCAGAUCCUCUCUACUCCAACAUCAGACCAGCUCGCUCCCUCAGACACACG